AUGAUGUAUGCCGAAGAGACACUGACUGGAUUCCCAGUGGUUCUUUUAGUACAGGCGGAUGCAUCCAGGGCGGAACUACAAUCGUCUUCAAGACAACUAAGGAUUGGCGAUUCCACAAACAUUGAGGUGAACAUCUGCAAUUCGGGUAGUGGAAAAAUCGUCAUGGAAGCCAAAAAUAUUACUACAAACCAACUCUCUACGAACCUUGAAACGACAGAAGAAAACGCCAUCGUUAUUGGAAGGUUUUUGCCUGCAGAAUCCGGUUCAUGGAAAGUGUCAGUUUGGUUUGAUGAUAACGAAAUUACAGGCAGUCCUUUGAUGUUUCCCGUGUGUGACCCGGAUUGUGUGACAUUAUGGGGACCCAAAGUGGCUAAAUUUGAAACUUUGACCACAUAUAACGUGGACUGCAGUUCGGCAGGAGACAGUCAAUUAACUGCAGAGGUUAUGAAUAAUAACCAGCCGAUCUUAUAUGAAAUAGAGCCCGACGAAAGUCCCGGUCAUCACCAAAUCACCUUUACUCCGAUCGCUCUUGGUGAAGUCAUACUGAACGUUUUCUACGGUGGUUACAGAAUUCCAGCGUGCCCAUUUUUUAUUCGAGUAUUGGAUCUUAAUGGAAUUUCUGCGAGUGGAGACGGUCUUUAUCGCGGGACAAUUGGCAGAGCUGCGAGUUUUGACAUCAAAGCCGUUAGUAAUAUUGGGGAAUUGUCCGUUGAUAUAUUCCGGUCAUUUACGCUAAAACCAAUAAUUCUAUCUAUCUAUCUAUCUAUCUAUCUAUCUAUCUAUCUAUCUAUCUGCUAUGUUAUCCGAACUUGUGCGUCGUACAUCAUUCUGUUAUUUGUCUAUCGUCAGCAAUCAUACGCCAUCACGUUUCCUUGCCAAACUAUCAAAUUUGUUCCCCUGUCUAACUAUCCGCUAAUGUUUAUGUAUCUAUCUAACGGAAAAAUCUCUGUCUAUCGCAUAAUGUGUCUGGCUCUCGUUAUACAUUUCUAUUGCCCAAAUCUAUCUACCUAUCAAUGUCUAUCUAUCUAUCUAUCUAUCUAUCUAUCUAUCUAUCUAUCUCAAAGAUGUAUCUAUCUCACAAAAUUCAUCUAUUAUAAAAACCUGUCUAAAACAAAAAAUCUAUCUAUCUAUCUAUCUAUCUAUCUAUCUAUCUAUCCUUAG